AUGCCUCGGACUCUACCAUGGCUAACUGGUACCGGAAGCCGUGCGACAAGAAAUUCCACACCGCGAAAACGACCGACGAAACGAGAACCAGACAGCAAGCAAAGCAACGAUGAAGUGAUUCCCAAAGCGAAACCGACUGCUUCUGAUUCUGGAAAGCGGGACUUUUUCAGAUCCUCGCCGACUCCUCCGUCGUCUCCUAUUCACCGCUGCCCGUCUGAGGAAUAUCUGAUCGAAGGGUUCGACAACGACGAUAUUUACAUGAUGGUGGAAGAUGAAUUCUACGCCGUAGCUCAAACGUUCACGAAGCACCUACACUACGCAGAAUACCGCAGACGGAAGAAAGAAGCGAAGCUACAAAAUGCCGCCGCCAUUCAGGACCUGGCUCGACCCACGGAUGGAGUCACCCCCGUUAGUGAUGCGACCAAACGGAGGGAAACGGCAGAUGCGCUUUCAACGCGUCAGAAGGCCGGUUUGGAGAAGAUUCAGAGCAAGCGACCGGCGGUGGAUUCUGAAACCAGUGAUGAUGAUAUCGAGGAUGAUUUGGCCCUUGAUGAAACUUUUGCUGGAACUUCGCUGCAUGAUCUCAUGAUGAGUCCUAGGAAGGCGAAGUCCUUGGUGGGAAUGCAGGGGAUUAAAUCGUCCACUAGAGCGGCGGCCGGGUUUUCACAGGCAUCCAAUAAUGGGGCGGGUGUGACUCGGGCAGAUCAUGAGGGUGCUGAUGGGAAUGGCGGCGAAGAGACUGCUUCGGAAGACGAUGACCUGGAUUUGGAUGUCAAGACACCAACUGCAACAAUACCGCAUCCCAGGGCUCGUUUUAUCGGCUCGGACUCGAAAGUGUCAAAGUUAGGAAGCUGUCCUCUGUCCUCUCGUUCUAUUGAUGAUCGUGAAACAAAACCGUUGCAGUCUAUGGGUACUAAAUACAAAACACACGCCGCCCUAAAAUCUAAAAAGAGGUCGCUUGUCGACGAUUUCGACGAGCUUCCAGAGCCACAUAACUCAUACAGACAGACACCAAGCGGAGCUACAUCGUCUAUAAAUAAACCCCAACAGAAAAACCAAAGCGAUAACGAUCUGAAGUCGAAAAAGAAAUCGCGUCUCAACGAAGUCCCAAUGUUCUUGCUCUGA